AUGAAUGACCAAGAUCCAACAACAGUAAUUAAAAUGCUUAAUGAUUUGAAAUCGACAACUGAAAGUUAUCGUCGUAAUAGUGGAGUAGCUCUACGUCUUUCGGGAGCCGGGUUUACUACUCCAUUACCAACAAGUACUUUAGAUACUGGUGACAGAUUGAGAGUACCGCCAAGUUUUCCAUCAACCAGUGGAAAUACCGGCUUACCUUUGUCAGAAGAUAAUACUUCUUCUGUAACAGUAUCAUCUCAUAAUGAUGAACAAACUCCACCAAAACGUAAACGAACACAUGACAUGAGUGAUUCAUUUAGUAAUAGCAUUGCUGAGUCGGCACCCGCAAGCCCAUGGGAGUGGAGACGUCUUCGAGCAGAAGUGGUUUCUCUUCGGACACGACUUUCGCAUCAAGAAGGUACAGUUCAACAGCUCCAUAAAUUAAGAAAUCAACUGGAGGAAGUUUUCCAAAAAGAAAAAAAUGUGCUUGAAAUGCAGGCUGAAUUAGAUAAGCAAACAAUUAAACAAUUAGAAUGGCGGGUUGAAUCUAUUCGAAAGACUGCUCAAGAGGCUCGUGAAGCACAUAAUAAUAUUGAAAGUGAAAUGUUUCAGAUGAAAAGGGAAUUGGAACAAAAGAUUAGUAAUUUAAUUGAGGAGAAUUCUAAAUUAUCAGAACGUGCCAAACAUUCCAAUGAAAAUAAUUUAGAAUCAUCAUCAUCAGUAUCAUCACCUAAAAAUCAAGCUGAAACAGACACGCAGGAAAAAUUGGAAAUGGCUGAAAAAAGAAUAGCUGAAUUGGAAGAAAAAUUACGGGAUAAUUUGGUAUUACAAAAAGAAUAUGAAUUACAAAAGAUUGAACUUCAAAAUUGUAAAAUGAACAUAGAGAAAUUAGAAUCUGAACGAUCAUUGUGGGAAGAAGGAAAAACACUUCUAACCCGGGCAGCAAGAGCGAAUGAAUUAGAAAAAGAAUUGCAAGUAUCUAGAGAAAUUAUCAAUGGAAUGCGGGAAUCUGUAAAAGGUAAAUUACUUCUUGAAGAACAAAUGUCUAAUAUGAUGCAACGAUUAGAACAUACUGAAAAAGUUGAGCACCAAGCAGCAACUUUAGAAGUUAGAUGUAAUGAAUUGAUGGGAAAAUUAAAAGAAUAUGAAUCAAUUGGAAUUGGAGCUGAUCCAUUAUCAUUGAAAAGAGAAAUUAAUCGAUUACAGCAAGCUGAAGCGAUUUUAACAUCUGAAGAAGGUCAGUUGCGUUCCAGAAUAGAGUCUGUUCAACGAGAAAAUCAAAACUUACAAAGAAAGUAUGAGGACGUUAAAAAAUUGGCGAACGAAUCGAGCGUGUCGAUAGAUAGAUUAAACAAACUUGUCGGUAGAUUGCAGAAAAAAAUGUUGUUAGUUACACGUGAGAGAGACAGUUAUAAACAACAGUUGGAUUUAUACGAAAAAGAAAUGACAGUUGAUGUCAAUAGCACUGUUAAUGAGCGCAUUCCGGCAUUAGAACGUACCCUUGAAGGCUACAGAGAUUUAGUUUCAAAGUUGGAGGCUGACUUAGAUUCUGUCGAUUCUACGGCAACAAGAAAAGAAUGUCAAAGAUUACGCGAAGAAGUUGAUAAGCUCAAGGGUGAAUUAGAGCAUCGAGUACUUAAAGGGGAUUUUAAUUGUAAUGCACGGAUAUUACAUUUUAAAAUGAAUCCAGCAGCUGUAGCAAGUCAACAAGCUGAAGAAAAAAUGGCAGGAAUUUUGCGAGAGGUUGAGGAACUACGAGCCAGAGUUCAGUUGGGAAAUACUGAUGCACCUAUCGGUGUUUCUUCAGUUCAUGCACAAGAAAUAGCUGAACUCAAACAGAGCCAUGAAAUUAAAAUAGCUCGGUUGAAGGAUGUAUUCAAAGCAUCAUCGCACGAAUAUCGACAAGCGUGCUAUCAAUUAUUUGGAUGGCGAGUAGAUCGAACAAAGGAAGGACGAUACAAGUUAUCAAGCCAAUAUGCUGAAUCACCUGAUGAUUUUUUGUAUUUUCAAGUAGGCGAAGGUGUUGAUUUAUUAGAAACGCAAUUUUCUGCAACUCUUGAACACUUCAUUGAACGUCAUUUAAAAAAACAACACAGUGUUCCGAUGUUUCUUAAUGCCGUUCAAGCUGAACUUUUUUCUCAACAAACCGCAACCAACAUGAUGGCAUAA